CGAAAUUUCGAAAUUCAGUUCUGCUGCAGAUGUCAAAAACUUCAGUAGUGAUUUGACGAGGAUUUUGCAUGUGAACGAUAUUCCGAAUAUUCGACCUAAACUUCUGAUUAGACAACUAGAAGGCAGUUGUUUACUCUUAUAAGAUAACAUGGUUUUUAUAACCGCUCUUCGACAGGCCUCCAAGCGAGUGCCCAUGAUAAAAUUCCGUAAAGGAGGUCCGGUUAUGUCAGCAUCCGCUGGUUCACAACCUCAAGCAGCUGGAUCGCCUGCGGUGAGUUCACAAGCUACUGCCCCCCAUCCUCAUGCUGGUGGCUCAAUACCUGGAGUAGCAAUUGAAGACUGGCAACUACCACCUCGUUACCAAAGGAAACCGAUUGAUCCUGUCGAAAUGGAAUAUAUUAACAACGGCGGCCCGCCGGCCUAAGAUAAACAAACUAAUUGCUGCGUUAUUUUUAAGCAGUAAUACUUCAUUGUAUGCUAGUAUGUAAAUGAUGCUCAUAUCCUUAAUAAAAUUAUGCUGCUGCCUUGUUAUCUAGUCACGGCACCGUUUGUAUUACAAAA